AUGGAAGAUGAGUACAACAUGGCUGAUGAUGUAAAGCUACUCCUCCCUGUCGUAGAGACUGUCCUGAUCAAAAUGGAUGAAGUCCAUAAGGGCAUGCCUCUUAGGGACGAAAUAUCUAUUGACCUUUUAGCCGUCCGUGCUGAAGACGAUGAAGCGAAUGCUCAUCUUGCCAAGCACACAGAGCUGAUGCAACAUAUAUUGACUACUCUCCAACAGCCAAUCCCAGAACCUGAACUGUCGUUCAAUGCUGAGAACCGCGACCAGCUUGAUCAAACGUGUGAAGCUACUGUUCUUCUAGCUUGCGCUGUGACCAAACUCGAAGAGAUGAUGGCACUCCACAUCUGUACUGUUGACCACUUCUUUGGCUAUUGUUCCAAAGCCAUAGCCAAAGAGGGGGAGACAGAGUCUGGAGCUACCCCUUCAAAUGUUGUUGAUCCCGCUGAACCUGCUGUUCCAAUGACUGAAGCUGAAGUUGAUGUCGUUGAUGAAAACCCAACUUUCUAUGAAGCUCCUGUAGCUGAGGAUGUUGAUGUCGUCCGAGCUGGCGUUGAAGCUCGUGACGAGGACCUUCCUCCAAUCACCUCUGCAGCUAAUGCUGGUGAUAUGGAAGAUGAUGAUGAAGAUGCAGACGGUGAAUCUCUCAACCUUUCUGACGUUAGUGAAGAUCUGGAUGAUGAUGAUGAUGAUGAAGAUGACGAUGACAACGACUAUACCAUUCAGUACUAG